AUGCCAGUAGAAGAAACAGAAACAGAGGUCAUUUUGACACUUCCAAACGACCCAAACACUAAAGUUACCAUUUUAAAGUACGGUGCUACCAUCAUUUCGUGGGAGAAUAAAGGAGAUGAAAAAUUAUGGUUAUCAAAAGCAGCAAAGCUUGAUGGAUCCAAGCCAGUAAGAGGAGGUGUUCCAUUAGUAUUCCCAUGUUUUGGAAAAUGUAACGAUGAGAGCAAUCCAGCCUAUAAAUUACCACAACAUGGAUUUGCAAGAAAUUCUACCUGGGAAUUUUUGGGACAAACUACUGAAAGUCCUGUAACCAUUCAAUUUGGAUUAGGUCCAGAACAAGUUGACCAAGAUUUAUAUAAAUUGUGGAAUGAUGGGUUAUACGACUUUACAUUGAUCUUGUCAAUUACUUUGGGAGAAGAUCAUUUAAAAACAAAUAUAGAAGUGGAGAAUACUGGCGAUAAAGAUUUUAAGUUCAACUGGUUAUUCCAUACCUACUUCAAAAUCCCAGAUAUUACGGACAUAAUAGUUAACAAUUUUACCGAUGCUAAAUGCUACGAUCAGUUAAUUGGCGAAACAUAUGAAGAAAAGGCUCCAAUGAUUAGUUUUACUGAAGAAUUUGACAGAAUCUAUAAAGGUAUUGAUACCCAGAAGACCUUCCAAAUGAUCGAAUUAGGUAAGGUUUUAAUGAAUGUUCAAAGAGAGAACUUGCCUGAUAGCGUUGUUUGGAAUCCAUGGAUCAAAAAAUCAGAAGGUUUGGCCGAUUUCGAGCCAAAGGAUGGUUACAUGAACAUGUUGUGCAUAGAACCAGGCCAUGUUGCAGAAUUCAAGAAUUUGAAAUCUGGUGAAAAAUGGAGUGGUGCACAAAUAUUAUCUACUGGUGGUGAAAUUAAAGUUCAAACUAACAUUUAUUAA